UCUUGUCUCACGUUUUCACCAGAGUAUAAAGAUCAUAGGGGUAAAAGCAAGAAGUAAAAACACUUAGAUCAUCACAGGCUUUUAAAAUGAGUUCUGAUAUGAGAGAUGAGGGGAAAAAGGAAAAUGGCGGAAGCUAGUAAUGAGGAUAAGAAAGAUGAUAGCAGAGCUUACUUUACUUGGAACUUGGAGAUGGACCGUGCACUUGCUGAUAUACUUAGAGAUCAAAGAAGCAUGGGAAACAAGAGUGGUGGUGCAUGGAAAGCAGUGGCAUAUAACACUGCGGCUCAAAUGUUGUCUUCACGCUUCAAUUUGCAACUUAUUGGAGAGAAUGUUAAAAACCGCAUCAAGCUGUGGAGAUCAUGGUAUGGCAUUGUUAGUGACAUCCUUAGUCAAAGUGGUUUUGAUUGGGAUGGAACCAAAUAUAUGAUUUCUGUUACAAAUGAAGAUGCAUGGAAUGAGUAUGUCAAGUCACAUAAUGAUGCUAAGAGGUUUAGAUUUAAGGUGAUUGCUAAUUGGGAUGACAUUGUAGACUUGUGUGCUAAAGAUAGAGCAACAGGAAUUGGAGCGGAGACAUCCUUGGAUGCAGAUGACAUCAUGAGCAAAGAAGCAAAUGAGGAUGGAGCUUAUAUUGUGGAUAUUGAUGCUGAUGAACAAAGCUCUACAACAAGGAAAAGCAAACAACCAAUGGAAUUCAAAAAGGGAAAAAGUGGAGAGAAGAAUGGGAUAAUUACUUCAAUGAAUAAAGUGGCUGAGUCAUUGAGUGAAUUUGUGCAAGCAACUAGAAAAGGGGUGAAAAAUGUCCAAGAAGUGGUUCAUGAUGUGAUGGAUGAGCUAAAGAACAUUCCGGACCUUAAUGCCACUCAAUGGAUAAAGGCAGUGGAUUGGCUUUCAGAAAAUCCAAAUAAGUUGGAGAUUUUGAAAGCUCUUCCCAUGGAGAGAAAGAAAGAUUACAUCAUAGCUUUUAUGCACUGA